UGUGGCAGGGUGAGAAGGGUACGUAGAUGUCGCACGAACUUUAAUAGGUCCUGUGAUUCCGGUUCCUCGGGCUUUUAUAGGAGCAGGACGUUCUAGGUUCCAGGAUUUUGUGAAAACAGAGUUAUGCACUGCCUGGAUUUCUGUAUCGAUUACCAUUGUUAUGCAUUUUUGAGACCACUAAAGGAUUGAACUCGGGACCUUGCACUUGCGAGGCAGGCACCGGAACCACUGAGGAACUGAUGUACUAGCGCCGUGGCUUCAUUUGGACCUAAAACAAGAUGGCGCCUAGCGUGUGGCGCAUGCUCCUUGAUGCCGUAAGCAGCCGCGCACCGCGUCUCGGGGGCGCGCACGUCAGCCGCUGCCGUUGCCUGACUUCCGCUGGUGCAGAAACCGAGUUUCCGCGGGAUCUGGCCGGCUUGAGGAGGCUGCACCGGAGCUGCCUUCGGGUUGGCAUUCAUUCACCAAGUUGGGCCGACACCAAAGAAGCGGACACUUUAGAGCUACUGCUGUGUGUGAGGUGCCUGCAGCUAAUUCCCGCAUCCUGCUGACUUUUGAAUGGAUGGAACAAAAGUGGGACUUUUAAAAUGUUGCCCUGUAAGAAGAGAAGAACUACAGUGACGGAGAACUCACAGGAUAAGAGCAGCCAGGAGGAAGACAACUUAGACCAAGAGUCAGCUGUUAAACCAGAAUCUGACCUGCUUAAGGACUUGGGGUCAGUGUCGUUGUCCUGGGGUCCAAGUCAUGGCAGAACAGUUGGAUUUGAAGUUCAGUCUGUGCAGAAUGUAGGAAAUCAGCCUGGUGUGGAGGCUCCAUUGUUGAGCUCUAGGAUACUAACCCAAGACACAAAUUUACCAAGUUUAGAAGCUGUUGAUGAGGCCAUUUCUCAGGAAAUCACCCUAACUUCCUUGGAGUCUUCCCACUCUCCUAAUGUACACAUUGGUAAAGGAAAACUCCAGGCCACUGCUUCAAAGAGGGGGAAGAAAGUUGUCAUCAGGCCUGGGCUAGUUACCCAAGAAGACAGAGGUGAUCUUCCUAUCAUGAAGAAACCCUUUGCAGGAGAGCCUGGUGAAGAAGUCAAAGAGGAAGGAGAAGAGCAAAGCAGUGAAGAAAAUGAGAAAAGGAGAAAGAAGAAAAAGGGUACCAAGAGGAAACGAGAUGGGAGGGGUCAAGAGCAAGGGGCCUUGGCGUGUGACCUGAAGCUUGAUGACGUGCUUGACCGUACCUUAGAGGAUGGCGCCAAGCAGCACAACCUGACAGCCGUCAAUGUGCGAAACAUCCUUCAUGAAGUAAUAACAAAUGAACAUGUGGUGGCUAUGAUGAAAGCAGCCAUCAGUGAGACAGAGGACAUGCCCAUGUUUGAGCCUAAAAUGACACGCUCUAAACUGAAGGAAGUAGUGGAGAAGGGAGUGGUGAUUCCAACAUGGAAUAUUUCUCCAAUUAAGAAGGCAAAUGAAAUUAAGCCUCCGCAGUUUGUGGAUAUCCACCUGGAAGAAGAUGACUCCUCAGACGAAGAAUACCAACCGGGCGAGGAAGAUGAGGACGAGACUGCCGAAGAGAGCUUAUUGGAAAGUGAUGUUGAAAGCACUGCAUCAUCUCCACGUGGGGCAAAGAAAUCCAGAUUGAAGCAGUCUUCUGAGAUAGCGGAAACGGAUGAAGAGAGUGGCGUGUUAUUAGAGGCUGAGAAAGUCACCACACCUGCCAUCAGGCACAUCAGUGCUGAGGUAGUACCCAUGGGACCUCCACCCCCUCCGAAGCCAAAGCAGACCAAGGAUAGCACUUUCAUGGAGAAGUUGCAUGCGGUAGAUGAGGAGCUGGCUUCCAGUCCUGUCUGUAUGGAUUCUUUCCAGCCCCUGGACGACAGUCUCAUUGCGUUCCGGACUCGCUCCAAGAUGCCCCUGAAGGAUGUUCCUCUGGGCCAGCUGGAGGCAGAGCUUCGGGCUCCAGACAUCACGCCCGACAUGUAUGACCCCAACACGGCCGAUGACGAGGACUGGAAGGUGUGGCUGGGGGGACUCAUGAAUGAUGAUGUGGGCAACGAAGAUGAAGCAGAUGAUGAUGAUGAUCCAGAAUAUAAUUUCCUGGAAGAUCUCGAUGAACCUGACACAGAGGAUUUUCGAACUGACCGGGCUGUGAGGAUCACCAAAAAGGAAGUGAAUGAGCUGAUGGAAGAACUGUUUGAAACUUUCCAAGACGAGAUGGGAUUCUCUAACAUGGAAGAUGAUGGCCCAGAGGAGGAGGAGCGUGUGGCUGAGUCUCGGCCUAAUUUUAACACCCCUCAAGCCUUACGGUUUGAGGAACCAUUGGCUAACUUGCUGAAUGAACAACAUCGGGCAGUGAAGGAACUACUGGAGCAGCUGAAGAUGAAGAAAUCUUCAGCCAGACAGCAACAGGAGGUGGAGAAGCUUAAGCCUCAGGCUGAGAAAGUUCAUCAGACCCUGAUUCUAGAUGAAGUGCAGAGGAAGAGGCUCCAGGAGCAGAUGCAGCAGCACGUUCAGCUCUUGACACAAAUCCACCUUCUCGCCUCCUCCAACCCCAACCUCAGUUCAGAGGCCAGUACCACCAAGAUAUUUCUUAAAGAGCUGGGGACCUUUGCUCAGAGCUCCACUGCUCUUCACCAUCAGUCCAACCCCACGUUUCAGACCUUGUUCCAACCCUGUAACUUGAUGGGAGCUAUGCAGCUGAUCGAGGACUUCAGCACACACGUCAGCGUUGACUGGAUCCCCCCGAAAACUAUGCGCAAGAAUGGUCAUGAGUUUUUCUGUUUGCCAAAGCAAGUGGCUUGGAUCCUGGCCACAAGCAAAGUGUUCAUGUAUCCAGAACUACUUCCGCUGUGUUCCCUGAAGGCAAAGAACCCUCAGGAUAAGCUCAUCUUCACUAAGGCUGAGGACAAUUUGCUAGCUUUGGGGCUGAAGCAUUUUGAAGGGACUGAGUUUCCCAAGCCUCUGAUCAGCAAGUACCUGCUGACCUGCAAGACUGCCCACCAGCUGACGGUCAGGAUCAAGAACCUCAACCUGAGCAGAGCCCCUGACAACGUCGUCAAGUUUUACAAGAAGACAAAGCAGCUGCCAGUCCUGUCAAAGUGCUGUGAAGAGGUCCAGCCCCAUGAGCGGAAGCCACCUCUGGAGAGGGAAGAGCACCGGCUCCCCUUCUGGUUAAAGGCCAGUCUGCCAUCCAUCCAGGAAGAGCUACGGCUUGGAGCCCACGACGGCAGGGCAGUAGGAAAUGGGACUGGGACCACCGAGGUCAGCGCAGACCGAGGCCUGGAAAAAGCCAGAUCCGAGCCUGGGAGUGAGACUCGUUACCCGCUGCUGUUGCCCAAGGGGGUAGUGCUGAAGCUGAAGCCUGUUGCUAACCGUUUUUCCAGGAAGACUUGGAGGCAGAAGCGAUCAUCAGUUCCUCCAAGCAAAAUGGUGGUCCGGGUUCCUCAGUUGAUCCAGCCUGCCGCUGUCUUGCAGCCCGCUCCUGGGGUCCCUCCGCUGGGGCUCAGUGGGGACAACAGCUUUGAGUCGCCUGCAGCAUUGUCCACUGUGCCCCCCGAGGCCAGGACCAGCUUCCUGUUGUCUGAGUCCCAGGCUCUGCCGCCCUCUGCCCCUGUGCCCAAGGUAAUGCUGCCCUCACUUGGCCCCAGGUUUCGAAAGCCGUGUGUGAGGCGGAAACCCUCAAGAAGGAAGGGGGCCAAAGUCUUCCCGUGCCCCAAACCUGCCCCACUGAUCCACUCUGCGCCUGUCAUCUUCACUGUUCCUGCCACCACUGUGAAGGUUGUGAGCUUGGGCAGCGGUUGUAACGUGAUCCAGCCUGUCAGCGCAGCGGUGGCCCGGAGUCCCCAGACCAUUCCUAUCACCACCCUCCUGGUUAACCCUGCUUCCUUUCCUUGUCCACUGAGCCAGCCCCUCGUGGCCUCCUCCAUCUCACCCUUAAUUGUUUCUGGAAAUUCUGUGAAUCUCCCUGUAUCGUCCACUCCCGAAGAUAAGGCCCGAGUGAAUGUGGACAUCAGUUGUCCUUUGGCUGAAGGGAAAAAUGCCUUUCAAAGCCUGGAACCCAAAUUAGAACCCCAGGAAGUAACUCCUCUCUGUGCUCCUGUCUUCCCCAAAGAGGAGUACGGCCCCAGGCCCCUGCUGGCUGGUAGAGAAGGUAGAGAAGGCCAGGUUGGAUUGUCAGCAAACAGUGCCUGUGGCUGGACAGUGGUGAGCAAAGAGGAGGGGAGGCAAGGUCUGGAGCCACUGCCUCAAGGUUUCCAUGGGAUUCGAAACUCUUCUCCUGCCGACUUAAAGGAAGCUGUCAAGAUGGAACCUGAAGACCCUGGGGAGGCGAUCUCCAGUGGGCCCCCUGAGCAGCGCAUUGGUGAUGAAAUAAAAAAGGAACGGUUUGUGGAGUGGGACUCUGGCUCCCCUCGGGAGGGGUUGAGCAGUGCUAGAGUGUUGAAGAAGCAGGCAGUCCUGCAGGAGGAGGAGGACAGGAGCCAGCCGGCUCAGACCCCUUCUGCGUCUUGGGAGCCCCCCGGCGAGGGCAGUGCAGUGGGGGAUGGGAGCAGUGCCCCAUCUUCUGUGGAGCCCGAGAUGGCCCUCAGCAGUGCCCCGGGGAAGCCUGAAGAGGCAUCUGGUGUUGGCGGCCCAUCAGCGGGGGGCCCGGCAGGGCCAGAAGUUGGAGGGGAGAAGGACGGCCCUGAGGAAGAGGAGGAAGAGGACUUUGAUGACCUCACCCAGGAUGAGGAGGACGAGAUGUCGUCAGCAUCUGAGGAGUCUGUGCUUUCUGUGCCUGAGCUCCAGGAGACAAUGGAGAAACUGACUUGGCUGGCAUCUGAGAGGCGCAUGAGUCAGGAGGGUGAGUCUGAGGAAGAGAACUCCCAGGAGGAGAAUUCUGAGCCCGAAGAAGAAGAGGAAGAAGAGGCAGAAGGAGUGGAAAGCCUGCAGAAGGAGGACGAGAUGGUCGAUGACACAGGUGGAGACACUGCCGAGAAGCCCCCUUCCACCCUGGCCUCCCCUACGACUGCGCCUGAAGUGGAGACCUGCAGAAUCCCAGCAGGAGAGAAUAUCAAAGCUGCUGGAAAGGGCCGGAGCAGCCAUCGAGCUCGCACCAAGCGUGGAAGCCGUGCUCGGGCCAGCAAGGAUGCCUCCAAGCUGCUGCUGCUCUACGAUGAGGACAUUCUCGAGCGGGACCCGCUGAGGGAGCAGAAGGACCUGGCCUUUGCCCAGGCUUAUCUGACCAGGGUACGUGAAGCCCUUCAACACAUCCCUGGCAAGUAUGAAGACUUCCUCCAGGUCAUCUAUGAAUUUGAGUCAAGUUCCCAGAGGCAAACGGCUGUGGAUCUCUAUAAAAGUCUACAGAUUCUGCUCCGAGACUGGCCUCAGUUGUUGAAGGACUUUGCUGCAUUCCUCUUGCCUGAGCAAGCUCUGGCCUGUGGAUUGUUUGAGGAGCAGCAGGCUUUUGAGAAGAGUCGCAAGUUCCUUCGGCAGCUCGAGAUUUGCUUUGCAGAAAACCCCUCACACCACCAGAAGAUCAUCAAGGUCCUCCAGGGCUGUGCGGACUGUGUCCCUCAUGAGAUCACAGAGCUCAAGACACAGAUGUGGCAGCUCCUCAAGGGCCAUGAUCACCUACAGGACGAAUUCUCGAUCUUCUUUGAUCAUCUGCGCCCAGCAGCAAGCCGGAUGGGUGACUUUGAAGAGAUCAGUUGGACGGAAGAGAAGGAGUAUGAGUUUGAUGGCUUUGAAGAAGUGGCGCUGCCUGAUGUGGAGGAGGAAGAGGAGGCUCCCAAGAUCCCCACAGCCUCAAAGAACAAGAGAAGGAAAGAGGCUGGGGCUCAGAAUCAUGACAAGGAGACUGAGUGGCCAGAUGGGGCCAAGGACUGUGCCUGUUCCUGCCACGAAGGGGGUCCCGAUUCCAAGCUGAAGAAGAGCAAGCGGAGAAACUGUAGCCACUGUAGUGGCACCAAGGUCUGUGACAGCAAACCCUACAAGCACAAGGAGCCACCCGAGUCUGUGAGCAGCAGCCCCCAUGGAGAGGCCAGCCCUGGGCGCAGUGCGAAGGAAGCAGGGCCAGGCAAGGAGCUGGGGGAAGAGGAGGCCCUGGAGGACCCGGAGAGCACCGACGCUCCGCAGAGCAGGGCGGGCAGGGCCGCCCGCAAGGGGGAGGCACCUAUUCCAGGGUCGGCAGUGCGGAGCCUGUUGCUGUCCCCUCAAGAAGUGCCUCUUACGGACCAUCUCCCAGAGGGCCCCCCAGCCCCACCAGAGACCCCUCAGUGCCCUCCCCCGACUGCAGCUGAACUGGACGCUGUGCAGAGAAGCCAGGCUGGGCCUGAGGGUCCUUCUGCCAGUGCAUGCGCCAGGCCCGAAGAAGGGGCCAGCCGAAAGGCAGCGGGUGACUCAGAGGCCGCCUCUCGGGGCUGGGAUGCCUUGCAGCCUGAGCCAUUGCUGGGCACUGUGGAGACCCCUGCCCCUUCCCUGAGUCCUGCUUCCUCGAGGACCAGAGUCAUUGGGAGGAGACUCACACCCGGGAAGCCAGACCCUCAAGACAGCUGGCUGCCCUCGAGCAGAGCUGGGGCAAGGAGAGCCAAUAGGACGUCCCCUGGCCACGAACCGUCAACAGGAAUGGACACCUCAGAGACGGCUCCUGAAGCACCCAAAAGGAGUCUGGCUAAAGACGGGGGUGUUCAGGGCAGGGGUCUGGAGGGGGAGCAGCAGCUGAAGGCCACAGAAGCUACCGUGUGUGCGAACAACAGCAAGGUCAGCUCCACUGGGGAGAAGGUUGUCCUGUGGACCAGGGAAGCGGACCGAGUGAUCCUCACCAUGUGUCAGGAACAGGGAGCGCAGCCGCAGACCUUCAGCAGCAUCUCUCGGCAGCUGGGAAACAAGACCCCAGCCGAGGUCUCCCACCGCUUCCGAGAACUCAUGCAGCUCUUCCACACGGCCUGUGAGGCCAGCUCUGAGGACGAGGAUGAUGCCACCAGCACCAGCAACACGGACCAGCUGUCGGACCACGGGGACCUGCUGUCUGAGGAGGAGCUGGAUGAGUGAGCCUGGGCCCAGGCUGUCACCUGCGCAGGACCGUUUCCGCAGGCAGCCAGCACUGGGGAUGGUGUGAGAGCUCUGCACACAGCUGCAGAGGAGCUGAGGACAAGGACCUCGUGACGGUGAGCGGGCCCAGGGCUGUGUCCUGUGCCUCUGGGGCAGACCUCCUGAAGGCCUUCCAGUUCCACUCUGUAAAUGACCACUGAUGGAGUGGGGUGCUGCUCCCCUCCCUCCUUGUCGGAGGGUACCUAUUUAUUGUUGUGUGGGCCACAGUGUCUCUUAACUGUAAUAAACGCUGUGUCACGUAGCCAGUCCCAAGACACUGAGCUCCCCUGCUGAGGAUGCUGGGCUCUGUGGCCAGCAGUUUUUAUUGCAGAGGGAUCCCCACCCUGAGAGCGUCAGUCUGUGAGGCUGUCGCUCUCCCGGUAGCACUGGGCCAGGCUGUGCAGCUCCUGCAGCAGCUCUUCCACGUCGCCCUGUUCCACCCCCGUGUCCAGGAAGCUGGCCCAGCGCCGCAGGUCGAGUUGCUCGAGCUCCUUGGCCAGGGCUCCCAGGGUCUGGUGCAAGGACGAAGAGGAGCGCAGGGCCCCCAGCACCGGGAUGCUCUGCUCCGCUGUGGAGGAGACAAGUGUGGCUGAGUGGGGCAUACGCAUUCUGCCCGGGACUCUUGGUGAGCCGACAGGGAGGCGUGGGUGCGUGCUCGUUAGGCAUGGCUGUGAAGGAGAUUUGGUGAAUUGUGUGCAGCCCCUUCAGUCUGCCCACCACUCCAGAGGAAGGGUACUUCUCAGGAGCGUAGAGCGAAUAAAGGAAUGUUUACCUGGA